AUGAUCUGUUGUAAUAAGCUCACGCCUCCCUUAGAUCAGCCGUUCAAGUAUGGCACGGAACCGAUCCGGGGACUGAACCUCGGAGGAUGGUUGGUACUGGAGCCGUUUAUUACGCCCUCGUUGUUUAAUCCGUACAUUAAGCAGAAUGUGACGGAAGAGUAUUCGUUGACGAAGCUUUUGGGACCGGAACAGGCGCGCGAGCUGUUGGAGAGGCAUUAUUCGACAUGGGUGACCGAGAACACGUUUAAGCGGAUCCGGGAUCUGGGAUUGAACCAUGUAAGGAUCCCACUCGGGUUCUGGGCCCUGGGGGACCUAGAGAAGGAUGAGCCCUAUGUACCGGACCUGGCGUUGGAUUAUCUGUUGCAGGGGCUCAGGUGGGCCGCGCAGUAUGGGAUCCGAGUGAUGGUGGAGCUGCAUGCCGCACCGGGUUCUCAGAACGGGUGGAAUCAUUCGGGGAAGAUGGGGAAGAUUGGGUGGUUGGAUGGAACGGCUGAGGGGGAGAAGAAUGGACAGAGGACGAUUGAGUAUAUGAAGAAGUUACUGAGGUUGUUGCAGGGGCCGGGCAUGGAUCAUGUGUCGCCAUUGUUUGGGGUCUUGAACGAGCCUGCGAUCUUUAUGUUGGACAGGGAUAGGAUCAAGCAGUGGUACAAGGAUGCGUUUGCGGAGAUGAGGGAUAUUACCGGCGCGGGAAAGGGGCCUUGGGCGGUGCUCCAUGAUGGGUUCUUGGGACUGAACCAAUGGGAGGGCUUCAUGCAUGGAGCCGAUCGUCUUGCUCUUGCAGAUGCCCACCAAUACCUGAUUUUCGACCAGAACCUGAUCAGCAUGUCGCGCCCGGAGCAGGUAAAGUUCCCUUGCGAGGUCUGGUCCCAGGAUAUGCAGCGCUCCGUCCUCAAGUUCGGUCCCACCCUCGUCGGCGAGUUCUCGUCCGCGACCAAUGACUGUGCCACCUACCUCAACGGCAUCGGUGCCGGCUAUCGCUGGGAUGGCACCUUCAUGAACGAAAACGGCAAACCCGGGGAGGCCGCCUGCCAGCGCUCCAAGAACAACGAUACCGAUGGCUACUGCUCCUGUGAUGCUCAGAACCGCAUCGGCACCUAUACACCCGAAUACCGCCAGUUCCUGUCCGAGUUCACUCAGACCCAGAUGGAUGCCUUUGAGCAGGGUCUCGGAUGGUUCUACUGGAACUUCAAAACUGAGACCAAUCCUUUGUGGUCCUACUUUGACGGUGUCGAUCAGGGGUAA